AUGCGAUGGCUCUUCUGGACAUCAGACAAUGACAAGGAUGAAUGCAAAUGCAAUAGCAAACCAAGCUCCAAUAGCAAUGAGAAGCCAUCAACACUCUUGAAAGCUACUAAGGAUUGGAAUGCAUUAUCCAAUGCAACCAAUUGGUCUUAUUUUAUCGAACCGUCAAAUCUCAUUCCCACCAUCCUCUUAACGAGCGGCAUCUUAUUUGCAGUUCGGAUACAUCGUCGAUACCUACGCCGAAUCCCAGAAGCGCCUAAUAUAUCACCGUCCUACCUUCGACAACGAAGUAUAUUGGGCAAAGUCACGAGUGUGGGCGAUGGAGAUAACUUUCGCAUCUAUCAUACUCCCGGCGGGAUGCUUGCGGGGUGGGGUUGGCUCAGAAAGGUGCCUACAUCAAAGAAAGACUUGAAGAACAACACGGUACGAAAUCCUUCAAUCAACAUUGUGAUCUCCCUUGUUGCAAUUUCUAACCGAUUAGCAGAUUCACAUCCACCUGACCAAUACAGCCGUGUUGUAGCUACCGUGUAUGCGUAUCGAUUCCUAUUUUUCCCCCAGGAUAUUGGGUUGCAGAUGUUAAGAGAAGGCCUGGCAACUGUUUAUGAGGCCAAAUCUGGCGCCGAGUUUGGAGGGCCAGAACAAGAGAAGAAAUAUAGAAAUGCCGAGGCGUUGGCUAAGAAGAAGGGGAAGGGGCUUUGGAAAACAAAAGAUUCAAAUAACUGGGAGAGCCCUAGAGAGUUCAAGUCUAGGAUGAAUGCCAUGGACCAGGAGAAAGAUUCUUCUGCAUGA